UCAACCUGGAGCAGAGAGUCAGCCCGCCCCGCAGAGCAGCAUACCGGGCUCUGCCGGUGCCAGUACCAAACACACUGAGCCCGGGCAGCAGCAGCAGCAGCAGCGGCGGAUCUACACACCGAACCGCCGUGUGUGGACCUGGACGGGUCGGAGCGGACUGUAACUGCAGAGAGAAGAAGAAGAACAAGAAGAAGAGGAGGAGUUUUUCUUUGUUUUGGCUGGUUGUUGUUUUGAUUUCAAAGAAAACAAAAAAGUUGUUGCGUCCAUCACGGAUACACUGAGAGCUGCUGCACGCGCUGCUGUAGUACAGGACAUCUCGUCAAAGAGUGCAGAAGGAGAGGCUGACCGAGGCGCGAGGUCCUGUGAUGAGAACUCUGUGCCAUUUCCCCGUCUCCCCCAGACCUCCAGGAGGAGCACACUGGGCGACACUCUGAGAGUGCGUGGUGUGUCUGACGCCGUCGGGGUGCCAUGGCUCUGGUUCAGGCGCUACCUGUGACCGUGACUGACCACCCCAAUCCAGGUCUCGACGUCCAGCAGUGCCGACCGCUAUCAUCCCACUCCCCCUCAGGCCCCUGCCCUGGCCCCUGUGGGCCCUGCAGCUCCGGGACAGCCAUGGGUUCUGUCAGCAGUCUUAUAUCAGGCCGGACGUACCAGGAGAGACACUGCCGGGCCGCCAGCGAAUUCACCACCAAGUCACGCCGCUCCACACCGGCUACCAGCUGCUUCCGGCUCCAGGAUAACACCCUCCGCAGCGGGAGCUCCCUGGAACAGCUGCUGGUUAUCAGCAACCAAACGCAGCCCCAGGCCCAGGUUCUGCCUCCUCCGCUGCCCACCAAGAAGCAGCCACGGCCUGGGAACACUGCCGGAGCAGGCGGUGGAACGGUUGCUGGAGCAGUAGGUGGCGGCACUAAUGGAAACUUUGGGCAUGUGAGCGAUGAGGUUGUGGUUGGAGACUGGAACGACAACGUGGUGCUGGCAGCUACAAGCCCCUACAGUGACUCGGAGGACCAAAGGGACAACAGGACUCUGAACGGAAACAUUGGAGGGCCUCCUCCCAAACUCAUACCGGUGUCUGGACAGCUAGAGAAGAACAUGGAGAAAGUGCUGAUCCGCCCUACGGCCUUCAAACCCGUCGUUCCCAAGAACCGUCACUCUGUGCAUUACUUGUCGCCACGGCCAGGGGGCAGCAGUCUGUCAGAGAGCCAGGCCAGCCUCAACCUCCUGCUGCCCCUCGGGGGAUCCAACAGCGCCGGCGGCACGACCAACAUUGGAGGAAGUAGUUCCAGCUCUGAGGGGAAGCGCAGCUCCUACAGCGGCCGCAACGCUCGGAGCAGCCAGUCCUGCUCCAUGUCAGAUUCAGGGAGGAACUCCCUCUCCAGCCUGCCGACUCACAGCAGCACCGGCUACAGCCUGGCCCCCAGUGAGGGCUCCAGCUCCGGGUCUGGCUCCGGGGGCCAGUUGGAGCCUGUGACGGGCCUGGGCCGAAACACUUCAGGCGGUAGCGCGAGCCACGGCCACUCUAACUCAGACAGUGGACGUUCCUCAUCCAGCAAGAGCACAGGCUCGGGGUCGCUAAGUGGGCGCGGGCAGCCCCUGUCGGACAGCGGAUCCUGCGGCCACUCGCCGCCACCCGUGGAGGGCUACGAGGGAGUGGUGAGGGAGCUGGAGGAGAAGCUGAGGGAGCGAGACCUGGAGCUGCAGCAGCUCCGGGAAAAUCUGGAUGAGAAUGAAGCAGCCAUCUGCCAGGUGUAUGAGGAGAAGCAGCGUCGCUGUGAAAGUGAGAUGGAGGAGCUUAGACAAAGCUGUGCAGCAAAGAUGAAGCAGGCAUCUCAGAAGGCCCAGAGGGCACAGCAGGUGCUACAGUUACAGGUUUUUCAACUGCAGCAAGAGAAAAAGAAGCUGCAGGAGGACUUUUCCUCUCUGCUGCAGGACAGAGAGACGCUGGAGAGGAGGUGUGCCACCAUCCAGAGGGAGCAGACCCAGCUGGGACCACGUCUGGAGGAGACUAAGUGGGAGGUGUGUCAGAAGUCAGGGGAGAUCUCCCUCCUCAAGCAGCAGCUGAAGGAGAACCAGUCAGAGCUCAGCCAGAAGGCCGGCGACAUCGUGGUGCUGAAGGCCCAGCUGAGAGAGGCCCGGUCCGAGCUGCAAGCCAGCCAGGUUCGCUCCCAGGAGGCCCAGGCGGCCCUGCGGACGCGAUCUCUGGAGCUGGAGGUCUGCGAGAACGAGCUGCAGAGGCGCAAGAGCGAAGCCGAGCUGCUCCGGGAGAAACUGGGCCGCUUGGACGACGAGUCGGCCCGCCUCCGCGACACGCUGUCCAAUCACAGUGGGAACGCGACCGUGAAGGGGCAGUGCAUGAGCCUCUCCCUCCAGCAGGGGAGAGGAGUGACAGGAAGGGGCGGUCCCAGCCCCUGCGUGUACCGCGAUGGAGAGGAGACUCAUCUGGUGUGGGGAGGAGAGAGUGAUGAAGCCAAGGCGCAGAGGCAGAACGCUGAAACAGUGUUGGGACUCAGGCAACAGGUGGACAGGCUGAAAGCUGAACUCAUGUAUGAGAGGAGGACGAGCGAGGAGCAUCUUUCACGGUUUGAGGAUGAGCGCAGGGUGUGGCAGGAGGAGAAGGAGAAGGUGAUCCGCUACCAGAAGCAGCUGCAGCAGAACUACAUCCAGAUGUACCGCCGGAACCGGGACCUUGAGCGGGUGAUGAGGGAGCUGAGUCUGGAGCUGGAGAACAGGGACAUGGAGGACUACGAGGUCCACAGUGGCAGCAACGACAUCCACUUUGAGGAAAUCACUGCCACUGAGAUCUAACGAAACGAAAGCGCGCGCUUGCAGUAAUCUGUGCACAGAAACAUGGCAACACAACUCACAACGAGCUUCGGAGGGUGUGAACCAAACUCCGGGCCGAAUACUGCACUAUCUUCAACAUGGCUUUACCUGGACCACCGAGCGAGCACUCACCACUCACUGUUUAAAAGGGAGAUCUCCCAAAGGUGCAUUCUUACUAACAGACGUAUACUCCAGUAAAUCCUUAUGAGGCAUCUUUCCUGGCGCUUUAAAUGGGUUUUACUCCACUACAAAGCCAGCACAAAGACUUCUCCUUUUCCUUCUGUGGGAGCAUAAGCGGUGAAAGAGUGUUUCUUUCUCACACCACGUUCGAAUCAGGGUAAUCGCAAAAUUGACAGGAACUUGAAGCAAAAAAAUGUUAUUACAUGCACAGCAGUCUGUUCACGCAUGUCUUGGUAGCACAGGAGGUUAAACCCCACAGCAGUCCCAUCAACAUCACCUUCGCUGGCUGUUAAGGAUGACCUACUCAUCUGCCCAAACAACAACAACAACCGCCGCAUGCGUCCUCAAAGGAACGGCUAAAGGGGAAAAAAAAACCCCAGCGCGUUUUACAACACCUGCUGUUAGUAUUUUAUCGUGUUCAGAGGAUCAGCAGUUCAUGGCAGGCCAACAAAUCAUAAAAAAGGCGCCCUGCGUGUUUGAAGAAGAAUGUAUUGUGACUGUUAGCACUCCAGAGAAAUGCAGUACCGAUGGUCGUCACCGGCAACUAAACACUCCGCUCACCAGUGGAAAAGUGGUGUGAUUUUGCACAGCUUUCCUGCUCUCUUUUGUUCCAGAUUCUCGCGAAGCCAACCGCCAAACUCGAGCAAACCCGGGUUUUGACGUUUUGUUUUUCGUGGUUUGAUCACAUGUGGACAUCCUAUUCUGUCAUUUCCCCCCUAAACCGCAGAGGACACAGAAACCAAACGUUGGAAGGAAGCGCUUUACUUGAACGAGACCACCAACAGUCUGGCUGUUGCGUUCAGACUCAUCCGGACAAUGCAGCGAGCUCUAACAUAAACAUUUACAUUUUUCAGAUUAUGUAGCACUAGUAAGCGGACUGUAGCAUGGGAGGAAUCGCCAGGGCGCUGCUGAUUCUCCUCUUUUUCUGUCUUUUUUCUGCCUUUGUCUCUAUCUCUGCUUGUCUCUAUCUCAGCUAUUUUUUUAAGUGAAAAGCACCUCAGCAGUCGGUAUCAGGAAAAAAAGUGGAGCAUAUUCUGUUGGUGUGGUCGUGACAUCGGAGAGAGAGAGAGAGAGAGAUUCGGCAUGCUUAUUCAGAGUUUCUGUUUAUUCCCCUUUGUUCCCGUUAGUGCUCUUUAUUUAGCGUUUGGCAGCCCAAAGCCAAACAACACACUUUUAAAAGUCUUCCUAGUCUCCCCUGGACUAUAAUCUUCACUGACUGCUAUACAGGUAACGAGACUAGCAUGUCUGCAUGUCUUUGUUAUAUCGGAUGUCAGAGGAAUCCUGUUCAGAUAGCGGCAAGAUGAGAGUUUGCAGAUGCUCCAGCACUGAAUGUCCUCCUGAAGGCAGGUCGGUCGGCCAUUAAAGCCCUAAAUAUAAACCAGUGAGGAGCAUGUUGACAUUUGAAGCCCUGUUUUUCUCACAGUAUAUGCAGGGCUGUGUAUAACACUGAGCAUGGCGGGUCAGUCGUGGGCUGAGAGAACUUUUAUUUUACAAAGAGUCUAUAUCAAGGAAUAAUAGUUAAAAGGAAAUCUAUAUAAUGGAGGAGAUGUUGUAUAUUUUUUUAUAUAUAGCACCUGGAGAUAUUUUGUUGUAGUACUGGUAUAAGUGUGGGUUUAAUAUACAAAGUAUAAAGACUUCUAUAUAUAUAUAUCUAUCUAUCUAUCACAUACCUAUAUUUCAAAUGAUGGAUCAGUUCUAAAUGGAGGCGGCAGCAUAGAAAGAGUGCACCUAAUACUGUAAUGCAUGAAAAUAUGUUUACAUGAUAUAAUCCGUGUGACACGAACAUACACUCUACCAAACUUUGACCAAACUUUGCAGCUGUUAAAACCUUUUUCAUCGAUCUGUUGUCUCUCCAUUUUUGAUUGAUCUUUCAUUUGAUCGUCAGCAUCACAGUACCACCCCGGUUCACGUCUUCUUCAUCGUCGGGUCUCCGUGCACGUCAUUCGUUUUCUAAAGGCAUGAGGCGGGUCAUUUUUCGAGGGACAAAGAACGCGUUUUGUUUUCCUGUACCUGGAAAUUCAUUCGAACCCCUCUCAGAACGUUCGAUCCGUAUAUUUGAUCGGCCUCUGUUUUGCAUGACGUUGAGAGAUUUGGUAGGAUAUUAAAAGUCUGCACUGUGCUUACAUUGUUGACAUGAAGCCAUGGGAAGUGACUCUGAAUGGACCGACUUGGGUUUGUCAACUGUCGACUGUUACUCACUCACCACAGAUGCAGCACAGGUACAGAUUAGCAACACGCCCUCACUGAAAAGUGCCGUGUGCAUCCCAGACAUCCGUGUUUCCCCCAUAUCCCAGUUCUCUUCAUAACCGUUUUCUGUGUAAAUAUGUAAAACACUAAAUCGUAUAACAGAGUGACAUUGUCUUUUAUUUAGACAAAAUAUCUAUUUCAGAUGUAGCCACUGUGACUAGACCAAAGCAACGUAACACAUUUUCUUUUUUUGUGGCAUUUUUCUCAUCCUUUUGUGUGCAUUUCUUUCAUGUCUACUUACAUUGUGUCUUCAGUAAUUCAUAAAGUAUAUGUAGUUGUCUGUGUAUAUUUUUAUGUGUACAUUUCUUGUACAAAUGACUGUGUUUUUAAUUAAAGAACAAGUUGUCACAC